UUAUAAGUGUCGAGCACGAGCGACAUAUGGGCGCAUCAUCAUCAUCAUCAUCAUCAUGUUGGGCUUGGCACGUGCACAGGCGGUCCUGGUCCCGGUCCUGGUCCUGUUUGGGGCGCUCGCAUCCACCCUCGGCUGCGAUUGGCUGAGACGAUACACGGACAUGAGCGACAAGUGUCUGAUUCUGCUGCGGGACCUGGGCGGUCCCAUCACAGACGAGGAAUUCCCUCUUCCUUUCCCGAGAAAACUUUACCGGCUGGCAUCGAAGUCUCAGGCGCCGUGCAAACUGCCGUUCGUCCGCGACAGUUUGGGGCACAUUUUGGAUGUUUACCUGCAAGUGGACGCCUCCCGCGUGGGCUGGCACGCGGGCCGCGUGGACGAACUGCUCCACAUCCUGCACAGGCAGAAGGAUGAGCUCAGCGCCUGCAUUUCCCCAGCAAAGCCCAGCUGUUUUUCCCAAAAGCUGCGCCGCUACUACCGCAGAUUGACCAACGCGACUCUCAACGGCACGGUUAGCGGCGCGCGGUGGGAGUUGAUCCGCAGCGAAACCCAAAUGCACCUGCAGCAGCUGCACCUGUUCGUGGCCGCCAUGUGACAGCGCCUGCUGCCGCCUGCUCCUUCACUUUUCUAUUGCUCUAUUUAUUGGUCUUAUUUAUUAUAUAUUUCAU